AAAGGUAAGACAGGUGAGGUCACCGUGUGUGACGUCACACGGUCAGGUCGUCGGGAAACCCCGUAAACAAACACGGCGUCAGACGCGACGCGCUGGUCGUGUUCAUUCAGCGUCUGAACCGUCGACUACUCAGCAGGGUUGAGGAGCAAGGAGUACUCCAUGGAGCCUACAACACCUAAACAAACGGCCGUGAAGGAGCCCGAGGUUCACUCAGACGGGAAAGGAGACAGCAACAGCCACCCGAGCAAGUUGGGGCGUGUCCUGGGGUCGGUCUGGCACAUCUUCGGCGGACAUGCGGCAGUCAACGGCGCCACCAGCCAACAGAGUGCCGAGAGGAAGACAAGAACAUGGUUGGGCAACCUGACAGGAUUCGGCCGAGUAGGGGCGUCCUCUAGCGGAACUGUCAUCCACUACAGGCCGCCAACAUGCGUUCGGUAGGACUCAGACCGACCGGGCCAUGCAUGGGAUGUUCAAUCGUUGCAAAGGAAAGCACAAAGAAACUGCAGGCAGUUUUGUUCCUCCCGUCACAAAAUGCAUUUGCGCUGUCAAAACUGAUGAAAUAGGGACACUUACAUAAUUUAUACAGCUGUAAACAGCAGUUCGAACCAUACGGACUCAUAACCUCUACUGCUACUUAUUGAAGACAAGUAACUUAUUGUAUUUUAUAAGGAUAAGAUUGGGAGGCGAUGGCGUUGAGACGAAUACGCUGUCUAUCUGCGAUAUAAUUUCCUUUACUACAUGUACUUUCAACAGGCGCCAUGUCGUGUGUCCAGUCAUACGGUUGCUAAUUACUUGUGCCAAGUUUUUUUUUUACAAAGAAAUUCUCAUGUGCGUAUCUAUGGUGCUACUUCUUGUAAUUGUGUAGAGGAAGAAUUCAACUGAAUUAGCUUCUAGCGAUGUUAUGUUCA